AUGGAAUAAUAAAUAGUUUAAGAAGAAGCAAACUUUGACGAAGAAAUUUAACAUAUAUUCGACGAUUACGAAUACAUAAACAAUAAUACUAAUGGUGAAUUUCCAGAAAUUCCUAAUGGUAGUAUUGUACUGAUCUUUCUUGGAGAAUUUCAAUAAAAUUUUCACACAUUCUAUCAACACUUUCAAAUAAAACAAGUCAUUUUAGAUACAAAUUACUAUAAGUUAGUUAGAUUAGAAAAAUAAGGAAAAAAAAGUUAUUUAUUAAAUUUCCCUUUAAUUUUAUAAUAUAAUUACGAAACUAAUUAAAUACCUUUGGACUUAUGUAUUUCAAAAAUAUAUGCUGAGAAAGCACUUCAGAAAAUGGGAAAGUGCAAGUUUUAGUUAGUUAUUGAUAUGCAAUAAUUAAAUGGAGAUGAUGAAAGAGCAAAGAUGGAUAGUAUGAUUUAAGAUUCAGUUGCGUACUUUGGUAAAUAUUCUUUCAAGAAAAAAUCUUAUUUAUUACUGGGUCCAUAAGAUGAAAAUAUUUGGAAGUUAUGCAAAGUUGAAUUAUCCGAUAAAAAUAACUAUUCAUAAUAAUUUUAACCUUAAGGAAUUAACUAAAAUAAAGUUUUGCAAUCAAUAUUUAGAUAUGAUUCCUAUUAAUCCUUAAAUAAUUGCAAGUCGGAUGAUUUAUUGAAUUAUGGAAAAAUGAUGACUUAUUUAUCAUAAAAGGAAAACAUUUUAACAAAAUAUUUUAAUUAUAGAUUCAAAGAAUUUUAGAAGCUACUUCUCAUUUUACAGUAAAUGCCAAUCAUUUUGUAUUAAGAUAAUACUAUGAAUAUUGUUGAAAGGUAUUUAAAAGAAUUAUAAAACAGAAUUAAGAAUAUCUAAAUUUGCCAAUAAAAUAAAUUAUCCAAAUUAAAAGAAAUUCUUAAAAUUAUAAAUUAAAUUAAUUAAGGAAAUGAAGCAAAAGAAUUGAAUGAGAUAAUUUAAUUAAAAAAUAGCCGACAAAUGAAAUAAUUUAUGCAAGAAAAUUAAAUUGAAUAAAUAAGUAUUCACCCUUUUUUUAAUGACUAAGAUUUAUAAAAGUUAGAUGAAAUCAUUUAAUUUUGGGAGACCUAUUAUAAAAAAUUUGUAAUUUUAGAAGCUAAAAAUUUGGAAAUUAAUCUUAAAUUUUGGCGUUAAUAUUGUCAUUAAGCUAUAGAAAGCACUCUGUAUGAACUUAAAUAUAUAGUAAAGAGAAUAUAAGAAGGACCAAAAAACCCAAUUGAAAAUGGAAUUUAUUUCAUAGGAGUCACCAAAUCAGGAAAAUCUACAGUCAUGAAUGCAAUUUUUUAUCCUGAUAAACUUGAAUAAACAAGAAUUUUAGGUAAAAAAUGCUACAAAAUUGGUUAAGAAUAAGAUCCAAAAUUUUAAAUUGGUCAAGGUGGGGUUAGCAUGACAUAAAAAAUUAGUGGUAUUUACAUUGGAGAAAAGGAGGAACUUAAUCAGAUAUUUUAUAAUUAAAAUAAUGGCCAAAACAUUAAUCAAUAACAAGAAGAUGUUUUUAGCUAUUAAGAAUUACUAUAUUAGGGAUUAAUUAAUGAAUUAAAAAUUCCUGAAAGAUCGUUUAUAUUUGAUUGUCCAGGAUUUGAAGAUAAUUAAAAUGAAUUAAUGCGAAUUGCUCAUAGAAUAAGCCUGUAUAAUUAUUUCAAAAAAACAAAAAACAUUAUUGUUUACGUUUUGAUCGACAUUUCUGUAUAGUAGAUCGAAAAUAUUAAGAAUACAUUCGAUCCUAUUUAUAGUCUUUUAAAAGAUAAAAGGGACUUAGAUCAAAAUUUUAGAAGUUGGGGGAAUCUUAUUUUAACUAAAGCUGAAAAAGAUUCAAGAAAGGUGUAUUUAGAAUAAUGGGAUCUCGCCUAUUAUGGCUUAUUAGAAUAAAAUUAUAGCUACUAUAAAAAGCAUUUUAGUGACGACGAAAUUUGUUUAGAAUUUUUUAGACCCUCAGAAGAAAUGCAUCAUGAUGUAAAAAAGUUUGCAGAAUCUAUAAAUGUAAAAAUAUAGAGGUAACUUUAAUAAAAAAAUGAUAAUAAUAAUCCAAUUUUUGAACUUCAACUUGAUGAAAGACUUUGGAUGUAGUAUAGUAUUUGUAUGCCUAAAAUUUAAUUGAAAUUAAAAUAAUUCUUUAAAUUAUUUAGUUAAUAUUUUGAUGAAUACUUUUCGAAAAGUGAAGACACUCUAAGUUAGAAAUUUGAAUAAAUAAAAAUCAUUAAAGACAUUUUUUAAAAUAUUACUGCGAUUAAUGUGAAUAAUUGUGUAUCAAUACUUUAACGGUUAUCAGAAUGGAUUAACAAAAACGAGUAUACAAAAUCAAUGAGUUUUUUCCUUGAAUCAUAUAUUUAAGACAUAAAGACUAUUUUUUAAAUAUCAGAAUAUUGCAAGAAUAAAUAAAGCAUAAAUCCUUUUGUAUUCAAAAUAGAUAAAAUUGUUAUCUAAAUUUAAAAAACUCAUUCCUUAAUUGAAAAGAUGAUGAUUGUUUUUCAAGUAUUCAAAAAUGUAGGACCUGCUAUUUUAGGGAUCACGUUAUUGACUGGAGGCUGGGCUUAUCUAUCAUCCGUAGCAUUAUUCCAUCAUACUUUGCUAUGUUAUCUUGUAGCAGGAACCUCAUCAUUGGCUGCGAUUUCAACACCCUAAAGAUUUUUCGAAAUUUUUCAAUCUCAUUUAUUUUAAAUAGUAUAUUAAGCUAAUUGA